AUGUCGCUGGAUCAGUCGCAUUACGACGUUGCUCUCUUCGGCACGGGUCUGACACAGAGCAUCCUCUCCGCUGCAUUGUCCUCGGCAGGCCUGUCGGUCAUCCACAUCGAUCAAAACGACUACUACGCCGACCAGUGGGCAAGUCUCACGCUCUCAGAGCUUCUCAAAUGGGCCGCCAAUGCUUCAACCACGUCGGAGCCGGAGCAGAGGCAGAACAGACGUGUGUCCGACGUCAGCUUGGCAUUCCCUGCUUCUGCUGAGAACGAGGCACCACAGUCCAGCAUAUCGUCCCAGCUGCCCCAGUCGCUCGUGUCCCUCGACCGCCAUUAUGCGAUAUCGCUGGCACCAACCCUCCUUCCCGCAACGGGUCCGUCGAUCGACUGCCUGAUCAGCUCCAAAGUCUCCUCCUACGCCACCUUUCGCCUUCUCGAACGCACCUGCGUCGCUUCGUCUUCUGCACGUGUUCCCGACGGCUCGGCAAUGACGCUGACGAGCGUUCCGGCGAGCAAGGAAGACAUUUUCAAGACAAAGACGCUCUCCCUGAUCGCCAAGCGCAAACUCAUGAAGCUGCUCAUGUACAUUGCCACCGAAGACUGGCAAUCCGAGCUUGCCCAGGAUCCUGAAACAGCAAAGCGGCCGUUUGCCGACUACCUGGCACAGGUGCACAAGAUGCCGUCGGAUCUCAUCGACGCGGUGGCCUACGGUGUCUGCCUAUGCUCGACUCCCCACGAGACCACCGAGACCGCCAUGUCUCGUGCCAAGAGCCACAUGUCGAGCGUCGGAAGGUAUGGCAACUCGGCCUACCUCGUCGGCCAAUACGGUGGCGCAGGAGAGUUGGCGCAGGGCUACUGCCGCGCCUCGGCAGUCAAGGGAGGCAUGUUCAUCCUCGCACAUCAAGUGCGCUCGGCAAACUACGACAAGCAAGCCGCCAAAUGGAGCAUCGAGGUGGAGGAUGUCGAUUCGACCAUCACAUCCGACUACCUUGUUUCGAGCGACGACAUGCUCACACAGCUCGGCCUCGACAGCAGCGCCGCCGCAUCGAAUGCCGCAGACCCAUCACGCAAGCUAGACGUGCUACACCGUGCUGUCGUGGUCCUCGAGAAGCCUAUCCGCUUCUCGACCGCGCACGUUCCCGAAACAAAAGCAGCAGACUCGACUCAGCAGGACGACGAUCAGCCACAAGAACAAGCACAGCCCGAGCUGCCACCCGAGACGGGACUUGUCGUUUUUCCACCUGAUUCCAUCGGCGGCAAUGCAAACACGGUGACCGUCUUGAUGAUGGGUGAGGGCACCUUUUCGUGUCCAAAGGGCCAAUACGUGUACUACGUGCAGACCGAGGCGUCGGAAGCCGAGGCGCAGAAGCCUGCGCGGGAGAUCCUGCAGCCUGUGCUCGAUCAGAUUGUUGCAUGGACGAGCUAUGACGAGGCCAGCGACGACGCUUCGCAACCUCGCGCUAAACCAUUGGUCGAGUUGACGUACCGGCAGCACGUCUCAUCGCAUGCAGGCGAGCAUGACGGGCCUGUUCUGUCGCGCAUUGCAUUCCCGCCACCACAAGCUGAGGGGUCGCCAACGCCACGCCCGACUGCAUCGAUUGCGGGCAUGACGGAUGCGGCAGUGCACCAAGCCGAGCGUGUAUACUACGAUAUUCUGGCUUCGCGUCUGCCUGCGCGAGUUGGUGGCGAGGGCCACGACGACAAGGUCAACUGGAUCAAGAAGGCGGUGGAGGAGCAAAAGGCGGAAAGGAAGCGCAGGAGAGGCAGGGACCCGUCGGAGUACCGGGGCAGAGGCGGUAGGGGCGCCGACGACGGCAUCACCGCGGCAGGCCAGGAGGCUGAGACGGGGGCGUCGCCAGCACAAGGAGACGCGUACGUCGUCGGAUUUUUCGAGUCGAGCUCGAAUCAGGACGACGACGAUCAGGACGAGGCGGAUGAGGGACAGUAG